UCAUUGCUUUUAUUAUAGAGGAAGCCACAGGUCCAUUAGCUGUCAUAUUACUGCCAUAAAGUGUAGGACACCAAGUUCAUUCCCUCUCAGGAGCCUACGACAUCUGAUGGUCACGGCCAGCAUGCAACCACCACACAGUAAAGGAGGUUGGAUAAAUAUUAUCUUACCUUGUCUUUUUGCUUGAAACUAUACUGAUUUGGGCAAAAAAUAAAUAGAGUAUUUGUAAAUAGCUUUUUUAUUACCGUUGUUGCGUAAACGGAUAUGUAUUUGUCACUUCGGUUCGGCACUUGACAUCCGCAUUAUGCUCGACUCAUCUCUCAACUUUAGGCUGUGGAAGAAAGGCUGCACCUUGGUUGUAGUUUUAGUUGUUAUUAAUCUCUCACUGGCUUUAUUUUAUUUCAUGGGUUACUCGAAUGGGUUGUCACCAAACCAACAAAUACAGACACAGACGCGAAUUGAAACAGCUUUCAUUACCGUGACACUUCCAUGGGAAGAAAUUGGACACCACGACCUUAAUAACAGCGUUGUAACAUUGCAAACUCCGAAGCUUCAGGAUAUACAUUUACCCAAUACAACUACUACAACAACUACUACCACUACUACUACUACAACUUUGUUUGAAAAAUGUCCUGAUCCGUCUCCACAUCUUGUGGGGCCUCUCAGGGUUGAGUUCUCUACGCCAGUCAGCUUGGACACAGUGAGGAAGGAGAACCCAGGUCUGCAGGAAGGAGGUCGCUACAAACCACAUGACUGUAUCGCCCUCCAGAAGGUUGCUCUCAUCAUCCCCUUCCGCCAUCGUGAUGAACACCUCAAGUUCUGGCUCUACUACCUCCAUCCCAUCCUUCAGCGCCAACAGCUGGACUAUGGCGUCUACGUCAUCAAUCAGGAUGGAGAGAACACGUUCAACAGGGCCAAGCUGAUGAACAUUGGCUAUGCUGAGGCCCUGAAAGAGUAUGACUACGACUGCUUUGUGUUCAGUGACGUGGACAUCAUCCCCAUGGAUGACCGCAACACCUACAAAUGCUUCAGCCAGCCCAGACACCUGUCUGUCUCCAUGGACAAGUUUGGCUUCAGGUUGCCCUAUAAUCAGUACUUUGGCGGUGUCUCAUCGUUGAGUAAGGAGCAGUUCCUGAAAAUCAACGGCUUUCCCAACAACUACUGGGGCUGGGGUGGUGAAGAUGAUGACAUUUUCAACAGGGUGAGCUCCAGAGGAAUGUCCAUCUCUCGUCCGGAUGGCGAGGUCGGAAAAUGCCGGAUGAUCCGUCACGAAAGAGACAUACUGAACGACCCAAAUCCUCAGAGGUUUGACAGAAUACAACGCACGAGAAUGACGAUGAAUACCGAUGGUGUCAACUCUCUCAAGUACGAAGUCGUCAAAGUGGAAAAGGAUGCUCUGUUCACGAAAAUCACAGUAGAUGUGGGGAAACCUUAGUGAAAGUGGAUAAAUGUUAGUAGUUAUUUUGCACAUCACUUAUCACAAGGUGGUGGGCAGAGAAAGCACAGCGGAACCAUGGAAUACAAUACUGAGAAUGCUCUGAAUCUCCAGAACACGUGCCUUUAUUGUGCAAACAAAUGGACAGCAUUUGGAUAAAUAGGAUGGCCCAACAAGACCUUAUAAAUAUCAGAGAAUCAAAAUGUUUGGUCAACAUGUUUGUCUUCUAACGGCAGUACAAAAGGGAGAGUGCGUGGGGAAGUGUAUGGACGAAUAAGUUCAUUUGCUCAUCAUUAGUAAUGAGUUGCCUUUGUGUAAUUCUGUAAGGGAGAACUACUUGAUUUAAAUGUGUAUAUAAGUUUUAUAAAUAUGUAUAUAGUUAAUACAUCUUUUAUAUAUUGUU